AUUACUACCAUUUCCUGGCUUUAUCCACCAAGCCAAGACAAGGGCUAUAAGCUCUCAAAGUCGGAUCUGGACAAACGUACAGAGAUAUUCCUAGAAUUUGUCUACUGGGUCUUUGACUCCUUCCUAAUCCCCUUGAUCCGAACCAACUUCCAUGUAACGGAAUCAAACGCUCAUCGCAAUCGACUCUUCUACUUUCGCCAUGACGUCUGGCGUAUGCUUGCCGAGCCUGCCCUGAAGACACUGCGUCUAAAUAUGUUUGAAGAGCUGCCAAAAGACCGAGCAACGAAGCUGUUAUCCACACGUCAGCUUGGUUUCACUGACAUACGCUUGCUUCCCAAAAAGCAGGGCUUCCGGACUAUCAUGAACCUCAGACGGCGACAACAGGUGUUGCGCCAUGGAGCCAUGGCGCUUGGGCGAAGCAUCAACACAGUCAUGACACCCGCCUUCAACGCCAUAAAUUACGAAAAGGUCAGUGUACUGUCCGUGCCGGAUUAGCCGUACCUAACCACAUUGUAGUUGUUACAACCCGACAAGUUCGGCUGCU